UGAUAUCUUCUAUGGGUGCAGUAGAAUUCAUUAUUUGCCAUGCUGAGGUUACACUUGCUUUUGUAGAAGCUAAAAAGAUCCCUGAGGUGCUAAAAACCUUUCCGAAAGCUGGAGAGUAUCUAAAAACAAUUGUGAGGUUUGGCAAAGUUACCCCUGAACAAAAAGAACAAUGUGAAGGUUUUGGUGUAGCAAUACAUUCAUGGGAGGAGUUCUUGUCAGUGGGUGAUGAUAAACAGUUUGAGCUCCCACUGAAGAAGAAAAGUGACAUCUGUACAAUAAUGUACACUAGUGGGACAACUGGUGAUCCAAAAGGUGUUCUAAUUUCAAAUAAUAGUAUUGUGACACUUAUAGCUGGUGUUCAUCGUCUUCUAGGAAGUGUAGAUGCAUCAGAUGUUAAAUUGCUGAUUGAAGACAUAAGGGAGCUAAAACCUACUAUUUUAUGUGCUGUUCCUCGUGUCUUGGAUAGGAUUUAUUCAUGUUUGCAACGGAAAAUUUCUGCUGGGGGUUUUCUCAAAAGCAAAUUGUUUAGUCUUGCUUAUGCAUACAAGUUACGUAAUAUGAAGGGAGGUAAAAAACAUCCAGAGGCAUAUCCAUUAAGUGACAAAAUUGUCUUCAGCAAGAUAAAACAGGGACUAGGAGCUAAUGUACGCAUUAUUCUCUCAGGAGCUGCACCACCAACUCCACACGUAGAAGCUUUCCUAAAAGUAGUAACACGUAGAAGCUCUAAAAUCAAUAGCUUGUCAAUACCACAGGGGCUGGUCAUUUAG